GAGUUUUUGGUUGGUGAAAGAUUUGACGGAUGCCUUCUUCUCAUUUCUCACCAACUCCCUCCAAACCCAACAAAAGUGUUUAUAUUAGCAAAGCCGCCAAAGUGUAAACGAAAGUUUAUAAAUUUCAUUUCUGUGAUCUUACGUAAUUGGAGGAAGAUCAAAAUUUUCAAUCCCCAUUCUUCGAUUGCUUCAAUUGAAGUUUCUCCGAUGGCGCAAGUUAGCAGAAUCUGCAAUGGUGUGCAGAACCCAUCUCUUAUCUCCAAUCUCUCGAAAUCCAGUCAACGCAAAUCUCCCUUAUCGGUUUCUCUGAAGACGCAGCAGCAUCCACGAGCUUAUCCGAUUUCGUCGUCGUGGGGAUUGAAGAAGAGUGGGAUGACGUUAAUUGGCUCUGAGCUUCGUCCUCUUAAGGUCAUGUCUUCUGUUUCCACGGCGGAGAAAGCGUCGGAGAUUGUACUUCAACCCAUUAGAGAAAUCUCCGGUCUUAUUAAGCUUCCUGGCUCCAAGUCUCUAUCAAAUCGGAUCCUGCUUCUCGCUGCUCUGUCUGAGGGAACAACUGUAGUGGACAACUUGUUGAAUAGCGAUGACAUCAAUUACAUGCUUGAUGCGUUGAAGAGAUUGGGACUUAAUGUGGAAACUGACAGUGAAAAUAAUCGUGCUGUAGUUGAAGGAUGUGGCGGGAUAUUCCCAGCUUCCAUAGAUUCAAAGAGUGAUAUCGAACUUUACCUCGGUAAUGCAGGAACAGCAAUGCGUCCACUUACCGCUGCGGUCACUGCUGCAGGUGGAAACGCAAGUUAUGUGCUUGAUGGGGUGCCUCGUAUGAGAGAAAGACCUAUAGGGGAUUUGGUUGUUGGUCUUAAGCAGCUUGGUGCUGAUGUUGAAUGUACUCUUGGAACUAACUGCCCUCCUGUUCGUGUCAACGCUAAUGGUGGCCUUCCCGGUGGAAAGGUGAAGCUUUCUGGAUCAAUUAGUAGUCAGUACUUGACUGCUCUGCUCAUGUCUGCUCCCUUAGCUCUUGGAGACGUCGAGAUUGAGAUUGUCGAUAAAUUAAUUUCUGUUCCAUAUGUUGAAAUGACAUUGAAGUUGAUGGAACGUUUCGGGGUUAGUGUCGAGCAUAGUGAUAGCUGGGAUCGUUUCUUUGUCAAGGGCGGGCAAAAAUACAAGUCUCCGGGUAAUGCGUAUGUAGAAGGUGAUGCUUCUAGUGCUAGUUAUUUCUUGGCUGGUGCUGCCAUUACCGGUGAAACUGUCACAGUCGAAGGUUGUGGAACUACCAGCUUGCAGGGAGAUGUAAAAUUCGCCGAGGUCCUUGAGAAAAUGGGAUGUAAAGUGUCCUGGACAGAGAACAGUGUGACUGUGACAGGACCACCUAGAGAUGCUUUUGGAAUGAGACACUUGCGGGCUAUUGAUGUCAACAUGAACAAAAUGCCUGAUGUAGCCAUGACCCUUGCCGUCGUUGCUCUCUUUGCUGACGGUCCAACCACCAUUAGAGAUGUGGCUAGCUGGAGAGUAAAGGAGACAGAAAGGAUGAUUGCCAUUUGCACAGAGCUUAGAAAACUGGGAGCUACAGUGGAAGAAGGUUCAGAUUAUUGUGUGAUAACUCCGCCCAAAAAGGUGAAAACGGCAGAGAUUGAUACAUAUGAUGAUCAUAGAAUGGCAAUGGCAUUCUCUCUUGCAGCUUGUGCUGAUGUUCCAAUCACCAUCAACGAUCCUGGUUGCACCAGGAAAACCUUCCCCGACUACUUCCAAGUACUUGAAAGAAUCACAAAGCACUAAACAAUAAACUCUGUUUUUUCUUCUGAUCCAAGCUUAUCUGUUUCCAUUUUUCUUGUCUCUGUAAUAUUAUUAGAAACCGAGAGUGUUUGUUUGCGUGUAACUGAACUGAGCGAGUUUUGAGAUGCAAUCAUUUGAGUUCGAUUGAGAGAAAUGAAUGUGUAGAGAUUUCCUUUUAUCUUGAUGGAAAGAAAUUGAGUUUUCCUUCUUCUCUUUUUUUUCCAAUUCCUAGGUCGUCGACUCGAAUAUAUAAAGACAGCAGCCACGAUCGUCUCUUUUGAUCACUUAUUAGAGACAAUAAUGUUGGAAAGACAUGGUUCCUCUAGUUUGGUAUUGAAAAGACAUCGUUCUUGUUUGGAAUUGCUGCCACACGAUGUAGUAGAGCUCAUCCUCGAGAGACACAGUUGAUCGGUCACGAGAACAAUAUUAUAGAUGAAGCUCAAAGGAGGAGAAUAGUGUUGUUGGGGUCGUCAUCGUAAUUAGCAAACUAACUGUGAGUUCCCGUCAAAGACCAUUUAUGGCCCACGUAAAACGACGCCGUUUAAAUCUGAGUCAAAGCCCAUUUGUGGCCCACGUCCUAACACAGUCGUUUCUCUCCGACUAGUAAACUAAAAUCCCGGAAAUUCUCAUCCGCAUGAGCUCCGGUGAAAAAUGGAGACCAAGAGAAAGUAAGCAGGAGCCUCUCGUCUCUGCAAUCUGAGACAUCGAAAGACCGAAAAUCCUUCAACAGGUUUUGAGAAGAGAAAAGAAAAAAAGGCACGCACGCGAGGCGUUUUUAGAGAGGGGCGAGUGUGGUUCAAAAUAGGCGUUUUGGUGGGUUAGAACCCACAGAAAUUGGAUUCACGCGCCAAACGCAAGAUGGGCGAGAGUGGGUAUGAAAUGGUAAGAUCGGUGAGAAUGGGGUAUGACAUGGAGGGCUCUGAUUGGCUAAUAAACUCAAAAUAGUAGACAUAUAGCUCCUCCCUUCCUCCUCUCAUAAUAAUAGUAGUUAUUAUUACUUAGUCUUAUAUGCGAAGAAACAAUGAAUGAAAAAACCUUACUUGGGUCGGAAUUCUCAAAAAAAUUUUUUGUCUUAGUUUAUAUUAUUAGACAGGCGAGAAUGAAAUUAAGAUUUUCAUCAAUAUGAAAGUUGGUGUUUUUAGAGUAGUUUAAAGUAAUCUGAAUUGAGAUUCAAAAUGAUAUUUUGUUCAAUGUAACUGUGUAUUAAUAUAUCUCACAACUCUUGUCUCCUUCAUAUGGCAGAUUGAUAGAUUUGGGCAUUUCAAAAUUUGGCAUGCUUGGUCAGUACACACAACUUGGGACUUAGAGUCAUUAGAUGAUGUUAUAGGUGAGGCAUUUGAUAAAACAGUGAAAUUGUGAAUUAAUGGGUCACUAUUGUUUUGGAAUGGAAUUUAAUGACUCUAAGGCAUUUGAUCACUCAUGAUCAAGAAGAUGGGCUUAAUGGGUCACUAUUGUUUUGUCUUGGAAUUUAAACUGCAAUGGGAAAGAGACAAGAGAGUAGAUCUUGGAGAAAGUGGGACAAUGGCACGGGGACAUGUUAUGCCAAUUCAUAAAGAAGAAAAAGAGGACAUGUUCUUGUCUUAUGUAAUCAAAUCUUCACAUGGGGUCCUUGUGUGCCAUUAUUAGCCUUUUAUUCACUUGUGCCUUUUUGCAAUAUAUAAAGCUAAAAACUUCUUGUGUGAUUCCAAC